UGUUUAUUAAAAGUACACAGCUGUCAGGUGGUGACGGUGUUGAUAAAAUCAUUAUUUUGAUAAAAUCUGAAAAUUUUAUUUUGUGCAUUGUAAACCCCGAGGGUAGUUUUUACUUUCUUUCAACCGACAUUUUUUUGUGAUUGCACUUUAUUACAACUUAUUUCAUUACCAUUUAUAAGAAAGAAGCUAUUAAAAUGUCUGACAUCAGUGAUAAGUACAACAUAAAGUGUCCAAGUGUUAAAAGAUUAAUGAGAGAAGCUAUUGAGUUAGCAGAGGCGACAGAGGAAUACUGUGCGCGACCUCUGGAAGAUAAUCUUUUUGAAUGGCACUUCACAGUAAGAGGCCCUCCUGGCACCGAUUUUGAAGGUGGAAUUUACCAUGGCCGCAUCUUAUUACCUAAAGAGUAUCCCAUGCAUCCGCCGCAUAUAAUACUCUUAACACCUAAUGGAAGAUUCGAAGUUAAUAAGAAAAUAUGUUUGUCUAUCUCAGGAUAUCACCCAGAGACGUGGCAACCAUCUUGGUCAAUCAGGACUGCUCUAUUGGCCUUGAUUGCUUUUAUGCCUUCUCCUGCCGAAGGUACUAUUGGUGCCCUUGACUACUCACCUGCAGAGCGUAAAACUCUUGCAAAAAAAUCCGCCAGCUGGGCAUGUGCUAAAUGUGGUGAAAUUGCACCAUUGUUAUCCUCUAAUGCAGCUGAGCCAAUAACAGAAGAAGAGAAAUCAGUAUUAAAUCAAAUUGCAUUUAAAGGGGAGGAGGAACAAACACCAAAACCGCCUGAGCCUGAACCCACAUAUGAACCAGAGCCUCCAAUUUUAGAAUCUGUUGACUCCAGCACCACAUUUUUGGAUCAAAUUUUGGAGAUAAUUGUAGCUCUCCUUGUAGGUGCUAUUGCAAUAUUUAUUUACCGGCGAUGGAAUUCAUAUGCAGCUAUCGAUACUGAUUUAUAAUUAUUCUGCAAUAAUAACUUAUUAGGUUAGGCCUAGUAUUAUUUUAAUGAAUUGCUAAUUAAGAUGUUUAAGACCAUGUAAAAUUACCUGAGCUACUUUUAAAUCCUAAUUUCAUGCUAGUGGACAACACAGGAUUGCCUAGUAAUAUUUUUACUUAAUUAACCAAAAAUUUUAAGUGUGAUAUAUUAAAAUUUAUAAAUUUACAUUACUAUAUUUAAUGAUUAUGAAAACUAAAGUGUAUGUUUUAAAAGGUAAUAAAAAGCUGCCUAGAAAUAUGUGAGAAGCUAUAAGUACAAUAAUUUUUUUCUUCAUAACUAUUAUAAUAUACUAUUGUUAUAAAUGCACUUAAGUAUAAAUUAAUUAUGACCAUUAAAACUUUAAUUGUAACUUAGAUUUGU